AUGGCCACUGUCAACAUUCGUCGGGAUGUUACCGAUCCCUUCUACCGCUACAAGAUGGAGCGCCUGCAGUCCAAGAUUGAGGGCAAGGGCAAUGGCAUCAAGACCGUCAUUGUCAACCUGAACUCGGUUGCUGGGUCCCUUAGCCGCCCACCAGCCCACUUGAUCAAGUACUUUGGGUUCGAACUUGGCGCACAGGCUAAUGCCAAGCCGAGCGAUGAACGCUGGAUCAUUAAUGGUGCUCACGAUGCCCCGAAGCUCCAGGACUAUCUGGAUGGGUUCAUCUCCAAGUUCGUGCUUUGCAAGAAAUGCAAGAACCCCGAGACAGACGUGAUCAUCAAGGACGAAAAGAUCACCCUGGACUGCAAGGCUUGUGGUCAGCGAUCCGACGUCGACCCACGCCACAAGCUGACCACCUUCAUCGUUCGGAACACCCCGACCAAGGGUGGCAAGAAGGACAAGUCCACGAAGCGGACUCGCCGUGACCGGAACAAGGAGAAAUCCACGGCCAAUGGAGACCACGAUGGCAGCCCUGGGGACAGCAACGGAUCGGAGAACGGGGAUGAGAAUGGCGACGCUGCCCACGAUGCUGGUAGUGACGAUGAGCUCACUCGCCAGGCCAAGGAACUUGAGGCCGAGGCCGAGAUUGCUGACGACGACUGGGCCGUUGACUUCUCGGAAGAGGCUGUGAAGGCCCGUGCCAAGGACCUGCCCACGGAACUGAAGAACUCGCUCGUCCUCGAGGAAAAUGACGACGAGGAGGCUGAUGGCCCCUCGGCCUACGAGCAGCUGGGUAGCUGGAUUGUCAGCACUGCCGCCGAGAAGAAUGGUGUAAUCAACGUUAGCGACAUCGAAGUCUACAAGAAGGCGAAAGAGUUUGGUAUUGAGACCAAACACAAGACGGUGGCCGUGCUGGCUCAGAGUCUUUUUGACGACAAGAUUGCCAAGCAGAUCGAGGAUCGCGCGCCGCUGCUCAAGAAGAUGAUCACUUCGGAGCGCCACGAGAAGGCUUUCCUGGGUGGCACUGAGCGCUUCGUUGGCCAGGACCACCCUGCCCUCAUCGCGCAGGUCCCGGCUAUCUUGCUGGGUUACUACCAGAAUGACCUUGUGUCCGAGGAAACCCUCAAGGCAUGGGGUGCCAAGGCCAGCAAGAAGUACGUCGACAUCGCCACUAGCAAGAAGGUCCGCAAGUCUGCUCAGCCGUUCCUGGAAUGGCUCGAAAAUGCAGAGAGUGAUGAGGAGAGUGAGGAGGAAUAG